AUGGGGGUUUGGAGCUGGGACAUCAUCGGGAGCGACAGCACGCUCGAGUUUGCGAUGGAUCUGCUCACGCGGGCGGGCGUCGGGCCUACCAAUUACGCCGAGCGCCGCAAGACCUUCGCCGUGGUCAUGGUCAGCGUGCCCAUGGCCGACGGUGGGCAGCCUGGGCUGUAUAUUGGCCGCCACUCGCACGAGGAGUACGCCGAGUUCUUCGAAGUGCUGGAUCAGGCAGCAGACCAGCACUUGAAGAUUGAGGCUGCGAUUGAGCCGCUCAUCGACAUGGCGAAUGCCACGCAGCAGCUCUACGACUCGUGUGGGGACGAUUGCCCGGCUGCGGGGCACGCCAUGCAGGUCCUCGGCCUCAUCCUCAUGCAGGCGGGCUGCCUCCCACCAAGCAUGAUCGAUCCGAUUGUCGGCUGCACGGGCAAGUGCUGCGCUCCCGGCGAGAAGAACGAGCGCGCGGCCCACGAGCGCCGUUUCGUCGAGGCGCUGCGCGAGUACGGCCGCCAGUGGCCCUUCGAGGUCUUCAAGACUGCGGAGAACGCACCCGACCAGAUUCGCGGAGUGGCCAUCAAGUACCGCCCUCGCGGUUGGGCCUCGGCUGUGGCGGGGAAGCCGAACGAGCCGGCUAACAUUUCGCAGGUCAGCUUCAUCCGGCCUGCGCCGUCCCGCAUGCUCACGACGGGGGUGGCAUCGGGAGAGCAGAUGGAGUGCAUGAUGGCGGCAAGUGCGAUCCUCCGCUCCAAGGAUAAAAACAUGUACACCCGCAGUGAUGAGGUCGCGCGCAAGCUGAUUGCGGGCAAACCGGUCCGCUUUGUCGGCCUCGUCAGCCGCGCAGAUCUGAAUGGCAAGACGGGCAGGGUUGCGGACUACAACGCAGCGACGGCACGCUAUUCGAUCGAGGUCGACAACUCCGGCGGUCGUGUCGCCGUGAAGGCCGCCAAUCUGGAGUGGCUCUGAUUGAGCGAGGGUCGUGCAGAAGUACGCUGGUCUGCGCACACGAGUGAAGAUGGACGCGUCCCCACACGCCGCAACUGGGCGAGAGUCUUUUCCUUCCCGCUUUC